AUGCUACUUCCUGAACUCUUCCUCUUUUUCAUCCUGCAGGUUAUAAUAUGCUCAAGUCUCACCACUGAGAAUUGUGAAGGAUAUAUGAGACCCAUUUUUUGGGCAAGAGGGCCUCUAGGCCAUUCACCCGUCAUUUCACCCGCCAUAUUCAUUUCUGCUCGCUUAUACUCAUACAAGAAACCAUUUUCCAGCUCCAAGAAUGUAUCGAAUGAUAUAGUGGAUCCUCCAGACUAUUCCUCCAUCCAAACUAUGGAGAAAAUCUUGUCUAUUUUACACGAUGCUGAAUCUAAUUCGGAUAAAGCGCCCGCCAGGAUUGUACCUAAAAAGGAUGAAACAAGUAUAGAUCCCGCUUACGAGCUUUUAGGAAAAAGUUUGUUUGACUAUGCUUUAAUACGACAUAUGAACGAUCGAGAAUUCUUUCGUUAUGAACACAAAGAUCCCCAGACAUCAUACAACGCACUCCACAAGCGAGCUUCCGAAUCAUACAUGAACAUGGAAAACUCUUUUUUUCAAAGACCAUACAUUAACCGAAACAAUACCCUCGGUCGCUACCAGGCAAUUGCACUGUACUUUCUUGAGGAUAAGUCACACUGCUUGAGACGCCUAUACAAAGAUAUAAGAUACGUUACAAAAGAGUUUAGCACUCCUCCAUCGUCAAAGCGUGAUACUCACUUGUUUCCUGAUAUCAAGCUUCCACAACCACACAAAUUUGACAUCGAUAAUCCAUUUACCAUUGGAAAAGCUCUCAAUAACAAGGGAAAGUACAACAUAUUGAGUUUCCUCCCAAAUGACGAGGGAUUUCUCAAAAGUUUCAUCACUCGGUAUCAAAAAUUGAACGGUAAUCAAGUCAUACCUAUCGCCCUUUUACACAACAUAAUGCUGGCGUAUGAGUUGGAGGGUAAACUUCUCUUCGAGGUCCUCACUCGUGCGAGUGCUAUAACCCGUGAUAACGGCGACUCACCGAUUGUCUUGGACAAGUUUCUUUUUGAUAACGAGUCUCUUAAAGCAGUGGUGACUGAACGAAGCAAGCUCCUCUCUCGACUUUUCAGUUUGAACAACUACAAAAUCUCGCUUUCAAACAGCUCGUUGUAUAAGAUUACCGAUGAGGCACAGGUGAUAGAGUUCAUGGCGAAGCAAUUCGACCGAUUCUUUGCUUUAUAUUAUCGCAUCAAUGCGGCUGAUGCCGAUGCAUGGCUAAACAGGUUACUAGCACACUGUUCUAUGACUCCGGUAGUUGACAAAGAAGCGUCGAAAGAAUGCGUUGACUACUUCAGUGACAUAAGGGAGCAGAGUUCAUUAAUGACAAACAAACUCAGGUGGACGAAACGGUAG